UAGCCUCUCCCGGUAGUAUCCGCCUAAGCCUCCCGUUCCCCUCCGCCGUGCAUUCACCCGACUCUUAAAGGACAUCCGAUCUCCAAACUUUUUUUUAAAUCAAGAUUCUAGCUUAAGCGAUCCCAGCAACGCCGAUUCCUCGACCUUGGAACACCAAAAGCACAUAUCCAACUAAACAUUGGGACCAGUUCCUCCUAUGAGCUUGUUAUUACAGCUUUACAACGUUAUCUUUCCCUAUCUAGGGUGUCUAGUCUAGAGGCAUUGCAGCUUGGGCUGUAUUAAAAUCAACUUCACGAGCACGCUCGUCCUACGUUCACGAUGACUAUCUUCCUAGCUUCGCUGUUUCUCCCCAAAACUGUCUAUUUCAGGUUGCCGCACGCGCCUCCUGCUAUUGAGCGCCAUAGCCAAAAGCCGAACAAUAAAAAGACAUCGAAGCGACCACCUCUCGAGCUUCGUACCAGCCUUUUCCCCGACCCAGCUAUAACCCCUCCUAGAACUCCCGAGGAGGAAGAAGCCUACCUUGACGACCGCCUCUUUAUAAACGAAGAUGGCCUGCGCGUCCUGAACGUUUCGGAUGACGAGGAAUACAUCAAGGCUCCUGCGGAUAAGGAAUCGCCGAAAUGGGGCGGCCGGGCGAAUCAGCCAAAGUCUCGAGCAAACUCGCCACCUCCGGCUUCCUUGAUAGAGCACGCCAGGACCUUGGAAAAGGCCAAGGAGCUUGGACGCCAAGGAAUUCUCCAACCUAGGGCCACUCGAAGUGACAGUCACGACAGAGUCUUUUCGCAUGCCAAUUGGCGUAUUGUGAAUGCAGACCAAGGAAAUGGCGGCCUCCGCAAUGCCGCCGAGGCCGCAGCCCGUGAUGGAAACGCAGAAGAAUACUCGUGGGUGGGCACGUUAGGCAUGCCUACAGACGCCCUGGAGGGGACGCAGCAGAAAGAGGAUAUCAAUGACAGACUGGUAACCGAAUUUAACAUGUACCCCGUAUUCUGCACAGAUAAGGACUUCGAUGGACACUAUUUGCACUUCUGCAAGCAAAUUCUGUGGCCUGUCUUCCACUACCAAAUCCCCGAUAACCCAAAGAGCAAAGCAUACGAAGAUCACUCGUGGCAGUUCUACGUCAACGUUAAUCAAGCAUUUGCGAACAAGAUAGUCAAGAAUUGGAAACGAGGAGAUACGAUAUGGAUAAACGAUUACCAUCUCCUACUAGUGCCAGGAAUGAUUCGAAAGAAACUCCCGGAUGCGAAGAUCGGUCUGUUUUUGCACGUUGCCUUCCCCUCAUCCGAGGUCUUCCGAUGUCUCGCUGUCCGGAAACAGCUGCUUGAGGGCAUGCUUGGCGCAAAUCUGAUCGGCUUCCAGAUCCAUGAAUAUACCCGCCAUUUCCUUCAGACGUGCAGCCGCCUCCUUUCUGUAGAGGCGACACCCGACGGUGUUCAGUUGGAAGACCGGUUUGUCAAUGUGAUGAACCAUGCCAUAGGCAUCGACCCUGCCAAUCUCAAUGCUCAUCGUCAAGAUGAGGAGGUUAUGAGGUGGAUCACGAUCAUGAGAGACCGUUAUAAGGACAAGAAAAUUAUUGUCGCUCGUGACAAGCUUGACCAUGUUCGUGGAGUUCGGCAGAAACUCCUCUCCUACGAGCUGUUUCUCAACAAAAACCCCCAGUGGAGAGAUAAGGUUGUUCUAAUCCAAGUUGCCUUAUCUACCGGCGAGAAGACGGAUCUUGACGCGGCUGUUGGCGAUAUCGUCACUAGAGUGAACUCGAAUUGGGCCAACCUCGCCUAUCUGCCUCUUGUGUAUUUGAAGCAAGAUAUUCCAUACCCCCAGUAUCUUGCGCUAUUAACAAUUGCGGAUGCUCUUAUGAUUACCAGCCAGCGCGAGGGAAUGAACCUCACUUCCCACGAGUUCGUUGUCUGUCAAGAUGGAAAAUACUCUGACAGGAAGCAUGGAUCUUUAAUUCUAUCAGAGUUCACUGGAACUUCGUCGCUAUUCGGGGGUAAGGAGUUAACUGUCAAUCCAUGGAGUUACCGGCAAUGUUCCGAGGCCAUCAAGAAGGCGCUUGAAAUGUCCGACGAAGAGAAGGAUGAAAGGUGGGAAGCACUUCGUGAGAUCGUCAGCCACCAUACCGGAAGCCACUGGUUUUCGAAAUUCAUAAGCACUCUCGAUCAGGUCUACGAAGAACAGCACCGUCAUGACCAAACAUCUGUUCCUCGACUGAACUUGAAUAUUCUUGGACAACGGUAUUCCAAGAGUCAAAAACGGUUAUUCUUCCUCGACCUUGAAGGCACACUAAUUCCCUAUGGUCCGAUGAAUGAGAUCAUCCCCAUGAAUCCCCAGCGGACCUUAGACGUGUUAAACGACCUCGUUGAAGAUCCUCGCAACACUAUUUAUGUUAUGUCUGGACGUAGACCAGAAGAGCUCGAUCGCCUUUUCCGCCUAGUUCCCAACCUGGGCCUCAUAGCCGAGAAUGGUUGCUUUAUCAAGAAAUCCGGAAGCGCUAAGUGGACCGAAGUCGCGGAUCAUGAUAAGGUUACCAUGUGGAAAGAAUCAGUUCGAGGUAUCUUGCAGUACUAUCUCGAGCGAACCCCUGGAUCAGAGAUUGAAGACCGCAAUUGUUCAGUGAUAUUUCACUAUAAGCAUGCCGAUGACUAUGCAAAUGCUGAGCGACAAGCAAGCGAUUGGACCGGACACAUUAAUGAGUCCUGUGAGGAGCAGCGGGUUCAUGCGACACAAUUGGAUAACUGCGUUGUUGUUGAGCCAAUUGACUGGACGAAGGAGACCGCUGCCGCCCAAAUCUACGAGGACGCGAACAAAGAUGCCCAGGACUCCCAAAAUAGCCUCGUUGACUUCCUCAUGGUCAUUGGCGAUGGCCGCGAAGACGAAAAGGUUUACAAGUGGGCUAACGGUCUAAAAGGAGGUAAUGUGGCAAAAGAUGUAAUCACGGUAAGCUUGGGGAGCCGGAAUACCGAAGCUACCUCAACUUUAACGCAGGGCGUUAGCGGUGAGUAACAUCCAACUUAACCUUCAUAACUUUCAUGGAACUGGUCUAAUAGUCAUCAUAGGUGUUCUUGUGACGCUGCAAAAGCUUGCUGGACUUUCUUAGACAGGAAGGAUUGUAGCCUCUGCAAUAGAGCGGGCGUGCUCGGUAGCAUUAUGGCAGGCGCCUCAUAGUACCUUGGAGCUUACAUACUGGGUUUGGCGUAUAUUCUGGCUUAGAGCCCCUGAAUGGCCACGGAUGAUAAUUCCUAUCCGCAUUUUCAUAGCCACAACAGAGACUCGCUUUCAUUAGAGUCCUUGUAACAAAACUGGGAGACACGCAUUAGAGCGGCGUUGAUGAGUUUGGGGUUUUGCGAUUUUCUGCUUUUCCCAAGCUGGUUCCUCUAGGACUGUAUCACAACUUGCUUAGACAUGAGGGGGUUAUUUUGAUGGUGUACAUCCGAUCUGGGACGUUUUAAGGUGGGAUGGAUUUUAAAAGGGCACAGCUCCAUUGAGGGCUUGUAAUAU